GGUACGACGUAGAUCUCCGUCGAUCUAGAACAUGCAGAUGCUUCAGAAACCUGUAGUCAAGAGAAUCGCAGUACCAAAGCCAAAGAAAGUAGCUGGGAAAUCGAAGGUUGUAGAAGUGAUGGAGGGCUGCGUGGAGUUCAAGUGGAGGACCCUUGGAGAUGGUCGACGAGCAGAUAUAUGUUGCACAAACCUUUGGAUGGAGAUGUUGAUAGUGAUUCACAUGAUGGCUGCUUUGGCAUUGACUGAAGCUAACUCUCUCAUGAUUCCAAAGGAUUGCUAUGCUUCUGGUUCUGGCAAUGGCGUCCGUGUGGUCUCCACUGGUCUGGCUCUUUGACUUUAAUACUUUUAUGAAGCACAAAUACAGAAAUUCUUGGAUCACAUUAAUACUUACAUAACUGCAAAUUUGCUAUCUGUCUGCAGGACUAAAUUGCCAGAUGAUAUGCAGGUGGAGGAUCUAGCUGAUAUUGCAGACCAUGAAUACAGUCACAAACAAAUU